AAUAGUAAAGGGUAAGAGAUAUUAGAAAGAGAGCAAUUGCCAUAAACACCAAACCAAAUACCUAAAUUACAAAGAUGGUUUGCCUAAAAGACCCUCUUGUUCUCAAAGUCCAGCAGCUCUAUGAGAGCAUCUCGAAGCUCGAGGAUCUGAGCCCUUCGAAAGAGGUGGACGCGCUCUUCACAGAGCUCGUCCACGUCUGCAUUCCCCCGCAUCCAAUCGACCCCACGAAGCUCUGUCCUGAGAUCCAAGAGAUGCGGGGGAAGCUCAUCUCCCUCUGCGGCCACGCAGAGGGCCUCAUGGAGAAGCACUUUUGCGCCCUCCUCACCUCCUUCGACCGCCCCCUCGACCACCUCUCCCUCUUCCCCUACCACUCCAACUACCUCAAGCUCAGCCGCCUCGAAUUCGACCUCCUCUCCCACCACUCCCCUGCCCCGGCCCGCGUCGCCUUUGUGGGCUCCGGCCCCCUCCCCCUCACCACCAUCGUCCUCGCGGCCAACCACCUCACAUCCACUAUAUUCGACAACUUCGACAUUGACCCCUCUGCCAACGCGAUGGCGGCCAAGCUGGUGGCCCCGCACCCAGAGCUGGCCGGGCGGAUGGCGUUCCACACGGCCGACAUCAUGGACGUGCCCGGGGCCGCCCUCAAGGAGUACGACGUGGUGUUCCUGGCGGCCCUGGUGGGGAUGGACAUCGAGGAGAAGAUGCAUGUUGUUCAACAUUUGGCAAAGAGUAUGGCCCCUGGGGCCAUACUCAUGCUCAGGAGUGCCCACGGGGCGAGGGCUUUCCUCUACCCUGUGGUCGACCCUCGCCAACUCAGGGGGUUUGAGAUUCUCUCUGUCUACCACCCCACUGAUGAUGUCAUCAAUUCAGUUGUGGUGGCUAGGAGAUGCCCAAGCCCCCUCCCCACCCCCACCGGGCCCCACGUGCUCUGCAGCAAGUGCUCUGAGGUGCAGCCUUUCAACCCUCUCUGCCAGAUGAAUGAGUUGGCCGUUGAAGAGCAUCAUUGCUAAGCGAAUCGAAUCGUUUCUGAAUCUAUCUAUCUGUCUAUCUAUCUAGCAAAUCGAAUGUGUGCGUCGAUCUUGUGUUGUUUUGGGAUGAAAUAACAUUGAACAACUUCAAAUUCAAUCUUAAUUUUGAUGAUGUAAUAACAUCUUUUAAUUAAUAAUGAAUUCCUAUAUUUUCUAGA